AUGGGCGCUCCCCCUACAGAUAAUAAUUCGGCUAAAGGACAGGUACCGACGAAAGGGAUCGCAUUAUAUGCCAAUAAUGCGGAAUGCCGCGGGAAUCUCAAUACCGUGCACAAACUAUAUGAAAAGGGUGACUACGUAUACCGUGGACUGGAGGACGUAUUAUCCGCGAUACAUAAAUCUACCGCUUCACCAAAAGUUAAAGAAGCAGGAGAAAAGGAGUGUGUUGAAUAUCUGGAGAGAGUUGACAAGAUGUUAAAUGACUUCCGAGAAUAUAUGUAUCUUAAUAACAUGCUUGAUGAAUACGAUCACCUUAUCCGCACACUUCAAAGAGGGCAUUUAACAGCGGAAAGGUCGGCGAGAGUAUCCAAAAAGCUGUCGAAUCUAGAGCAGGGAUUCGAAAAUAGAGAACCGUUCGCAAAAAACAUGUUGACACCCGAUGUCACUCAAUAUUUUCUGGAGAAGAUAGGAGAGGCAGAAGCGUUCUUUCAGAAACAUAAGGUUCCGGAACCACCUAAGUCAAAUAAACUUGCCCAACCCAAGUUGAGUGGGUCUAAAACCACACCAGAGGCAACCAACCAGAAACAAAACACGACUGAAAAGAAUGCAACACGUGAAUCAGGCGCUGAAAAGGCCGAAGAAACCAUUACCUGCCAUGCGCGUAACACAAAGGAUGGUAACAAGUCAUCAGGGCAUAUGACAUUGGGUAUUAGGGUUAUUCAAACACUGACCGCUCUUGGUCUAAUGGCAGCUCUCUGA